AUGGAAACUUCUGGAAAAGUUAUUAAAUGCAAGGCUGCUGUUAUCUGGGAGGCAGGUAACGCGCUCUCUAUUGAGGAGGUGGAGGUUGCUCCUCCAAAAGCUCAUGAAGUUGGUGUUAAGAUAGUGGCCACAGGAAUUUGUCGGACAGAUGACCAUGUAUUGAAAGGUGCUUUCCCUAACAUAGAUUACCCAGUUAUUGCUGGCCAUGAAGGAGCUGGGAUUAUUGAGUGUGUUGGUCCAGAAGUAACAUGUGUGAAACCAGGGGACAAAGUUAUCCCUCUUUGUGUUCCCCAGUGUGGAGAAUGCAGCUGCUGUCUGAGUCCUAAGGCUAACUGUUGCCUGAAGAGCCAUCUCUGCGAAUCACAGAACCUCAUGCCAGAUAAGACCAGCAGAUUCUCCUGCAAAGGGAAGCAGAUUCACCAUUUCCUGUGGAUCAGCACCUUCUCAGAAUACACAGUUAUGCCUGAUUCUGCCAUUGCAAGAAUUGAUGCUGCUGCUCCUCUGGAUAAAGUCUGUCUAUUUGGCUGUGCAUUUUCCACUGGUUAUGGAGCUGCCAUCAAUACUGCCAAGGGAAGUACUUGUGUGGAGCCUGGUUCUACCUGUGCCGUCUUUGGUUUGGGAGGAGUUGGCCUCUCCGUUGUCAUGGGCUGUAAAGCUGCUGGAGCUUCCCGGAUCAUUGGGAUUGAUAUCAACAAAGAUAAAUUUGGCAAGGCUAAAGAAUUAGGAGUCACUGAAUGCAUCAACCCUCAGGACUUCACAAAGCCUAUUCAGGAGGUGCUGGUUGAGAUGACUGGCCAUGGUGUGGACUAUUCCUUUGAGGUCAUUGGAUGCACGGAUACCCUGAUGGCUGCUCUGCUAUCAUGCCACUUGGGCUAUGGAACGUGUGUGCUGGUAGGAGAACCCCCUUCAGGAUCACAGAUCUCCUUUGACCCUCUGCUGCUGUUCACUGGGCGUCAGUGGAAGGCGAGUUUGAUUGGAGGGUGGAAGUUGAAGGACUCUCUCCCUAAACUGGUGUCUGAUUACAUGAACAAGAAGUGUAAUCCAGAUGCAUUAAUAACCCACACUUUGCCUUUUGAUAAAAUCAAUGAAGGGUUCGAACUGCUGUGGGCAGGGAAAAGUAUUCGCAGCAUUCUGUUGUUUUAA